GACUUCCCUCUUUCAUCAGUCCGUCGUGACUCGCCCCCGCCACAGCCACUCGACCAGCGAAACAAACCCACAAUCGGAAGCAAAAGCUACAGCUCUGCAAUACCGCACCCGCUACUGACUUUGUCCGGAUGCACGAUCGAAUCUGCUGACUGCUGCUGUUUCUACCCCAUAUCACCGAUCGUCCGACCCUUAACCAAAACCCAAAUCCCGCACCCACCUACGUAACGCUGUGCAGCUGCCCGGCACUGCUCCAGCUUGUUAGUGCCACACUGAAUCUGGGGAGUAGCUUGCGCGUUCCUGGCCUUGGCUGACCUUGGAUUUCGCUUCGCAUGACCAACUUCAAGCUCUCAGCCUCUUUGGAGGGGCACGAUGAUGAUGUUCGAGCCGUUGCCUUUCCGCGACCCUCCUUUGUCCUCUCCGCCUCACGAGACAAGUCUGUGCGGCUCUGGACCGUCACUAAGCCCUCCCCCCCAACCUAUGACUGCACAUUCGUAUCCAACGGCUCCGACUUCGUGAACAGCGUUGCUUUUGUACCCGCGUCACCGGCAUACCCUGAGGGGCUCAUCGUGGCCGGUGGCCGGGACGCUAUAAUUGAGGUUCGGGCGCCAGGAAAGCUACCCCAGGAUAACGCCGAUGCUCUGCUGCUGGGCCAUGCGGGCAAUGUGUGCGCUUUAGACGUCAGUGAGGACGGGCAGAAUAUAGUGAGCGGCAGCUGGGACACAGAGGCUCGUGUCUGGCAGGUUGGGCGCUGGGAUGCCAGUACUGAGUUGAAAGGCCAUACAGCUAGCGUCUGGGCCGUCUGCUACUACGACAAAGAAACGAUAUUAACAGGCAGCGCUGAUCGCAAUAUUCACGUAUACCAUCCUUCUGGAAAACUGAUUCGGAAGCUUCCUCCAGCACCCGACGUAGUUAGAGCGCUCGCGAAGUUACCACCAAGUCACUGGUCAGGCGCACAAUUUGCAGCCGCCGGAAACGACGGCGUGAUACGUUUGCUUACAUUAGAGGGGCACUUGCUAGGUGAACUACACGGACAUGAGAAUUUCAUCUAUUCGCUAGCUGUGCUUCCCACAGGCGAGAUUGUUUCUGCAGGCGAGGAUCGCACUGUGCGGAUAUGGAGCAAUGGCCAGUGUAUCCAGGUCAUAACGCAUCCAGCCAUUUCUGUUUGGGACGUGGCUGUUUGCAAGGAAAACGGAGAUAUCGUGACGGGCGCCAGCGACAAAGUCGUGCGAGUCUUCUCGCGUUCAACAGAGAGACAAGGCUCUCCAUCCGUUAUAACAGCAUUUGAGGAGCAGGUCAAGGCGUCAGCGAUUCCUCAGCAGGGCCUUGGCGGCAUCAACAAGACCGAUUUACCAGGUCCAGAGUUUCUCACCUCAAAGUCUGGCACGAAGGAGGGUCAGGUGCAGAUGAUCAAGGAAACAAACGGCAACGUGUCUGCAUAUCAGUGGUCGACAGCAGCGAAUCAGUGGGUUAUGGUAGGAACUGUCGUCGACGCAUCGGGAGGCGGAUCCAAGACGACGUACAACGGUAAAGAGUACGACUAUGUGUUCGAUGUGGACAUCAAAGACGGCGAGCCAGCCCUGAAGUUACCUUAUAACACAACCCAGAACCCGUAUGAGGCCGCGCAGAAGUUCCUGAACGACAAUGAGCUUCCCGCUGCUUACUUGGACCAGGUCGCCAACUUUAUCAUCACGAAUACCCAAGGUGCGACGAUCGGCCAGCAGCAGACCAACGUGCCGGGUUCAGAUCCCUGGGGCCAGGAGUCUCGCUAUAGACCUGGUGAGGUUGGAGCUCCCACCCCACCUACGGCGACAUCUAGACCAAAGGUUCUACCACAAACAUCUUAUCUGUCCAUCACAACCGCGAACCUGCCCACGAUAUUGAAGAAAGCCCAAGAGUUCAACCAGCAGCUUGAAGCAGAUGGGCGUAAGGACAUUACGUUCAGCCCGUCGAACCUCGCAGUCCUAACAAAGACAACCCAACAACUUGAUUCACUGUCCAAAAACCCUAGUGCAUCUAUUGCACUCACAAAUGAAGGUGUCAGCAUGAUUAUUCAUAUGGCUACGGACUGGCCUGCGGAAAAGCGACUUCCGGGACUCGAUCUUCUAAGACUUGCUGCAGCGUCGCCGAAAGUUGUCGAGCUGACUAGCGGGGAGGGCUCCCAGACACUAAUCGACAUCCUCGCAUCGAGUGACAACAUUUCAGCCAACGCGCCCAUCAAUAACGCAAUGAUGGCCGUACGUGCGCUUGCCAACUUAUUCGGCCAUGAGUCUGGACGCGCGCUCAUGGACGCCGAGUUCGACAAGGUAAACGCUCUUGUGUCACCCUUUACUACGUCAAAUAACCGUAAUAUGAGCGUCGCUCUCACAACUCUGUACAUUAACUACAGCGUACUGAUAGCUGCCGGCGGGGAGAACCACGAUACGGACCGUGCCAUCACGCUUUUGGAUGCGUGCACUCGGGUAUGUAUGGCAGCUGUAGAUGCAGAGGCUUUGUACAGAGCACUCGUGGGCGCUGGGACGCUUUUGUGUCUUGGGAGCGAUUUUAGAGAUUUGGCCAGAGAGGCACUUGAUUUUGACAAGGCGAUUGAGAGAAUCAAGGGAGAAACGGCUGGAAAGGAGCCCAGAAUCAAGUCGGUCAUAGCGGAGAUUUUGGGCGACAGUUCGGACAAGUAAGCUGGUGAAGAAAAAAAAACCAGGCAGAAUGAAAGCCGAAGAAUACACGGAGUACGUACGAAUCUAUGAGUUGCAUAAAAGGGACAGGCCUUUCUUGGACAGGUUAGCGUAUGCAUGGAAGACUGAGAUGUAGACGGCACAUUUUGUGAGGCGAUACAGGCGACGUAGAAUACAAGAACAUCACACUUACUCCACCAGA